GUCGGGGGGAGCUGCCGGAAACAUGGCGUCCCACUGCAGCCUCUCCACUUUAUUCCCCAUUCAGAGUCAACUUGAUCAAUCCCUCGAAGACGCUACACAAGGAGAAAAAGAACAGCUUGUCUAUCAGUAUUUGAAAAAGAUAGACAAUGGAGAAGGCCUGAAGAUCCCGGAUUUCCCCGCAGGCUUGGAAUGGCUGAACACGGAGGGGCCCCUGUCGUUGAGCAAGGAGCUGGCUGGCAAAGUGGUGCUGCUGGACUUCUUCACUUACUGCUGCAUCAACUGCAUGCACAUCCUCCCUGACCUGCACCAGCUGGAGCAGAGACACUCCGUUAAAGAUGGAUUGGUUAUCGUCGGUGUGCACUCUGCCAAAUUCCCCAAUGAAAAAGUCCUGGACAACAUCCGCAGCGCCGUGCUCCGCUACGACAUCCACCACCCUGUGCUAAACGACAGUGAGGCGUCAAUGUGGCAUGAGCUGGAGGUUUCCUGCUGGCCUACGCUGGUCCUACUGGGGCCGCGUGGCAACCUGCUCUUCUCCGUGGUGGGUGAGGGCCACCGUGACAGGCUGACGCUCUUCACCGACAGCGCGCUCCGGUUUUACGGGGAGCAGGGCACCCUGAAAGCUCACGCAGUGGGGAUCAAGCUGUACAGGGAGUCCCUGCCACCCAGCGUGCUUUCUUUCCCCGGGAAGGUGGCCGUCGACGACGGCAACCGAAGACUGGUCAUAGCAGACACGGGGCAUCACAGAAUUCUGGUGGUGUCUUUCACAGGACACCUGCUACAUGUCAUAGGAGGACCCAAAAACGGCAGACGAGAUGGCAACUUCUCUGAAGCUUCCUUCCACUCCCCUCAGGGCGUCGCCAUCAAAGGGGACACUGUCUACGUGGCCGACACAGAAAACCACCUGAUUCGAAAGAUUGACCUGUUGGAGGGCAGAGUCAGCACCCUAGCUGGAGUGGGUGCUCAGGGCACAGACAAAGAGGGCGGGGCCAUAGGAACUCAGCAGCCAAUCAGCUCUCCGUGGGAUGUGACGCUCGGCACUGCUGGCGGUGUUGACGACAAUGUGCUGUGGAUUGCCAUGGCAGGGACUCACCAGAUAUGGGCUUUGUUCCUAGCAGAUGGAAAACUGCCCAAAGCAAGUGAGUCCAAGGCGGGGGUUUGCGUGAGAUGGGCAGGUAGUGGCAACGAGGAGAACCGAAACAACGCCUAUCCUCACAAGGCGGGCUUCGCCCAGCCCUCCGGGCUGGCGUGGGCUCCAGAGGAGCCGUGGAGCUGUCUCUAUGUGGCUGACAGCGAGGGCAGCACCAUCCGCACCCUGGCCCUGAAGGAUGGAGCUGUCAAGCUCCUGGUUGGAGGAGAGAGGGACCCACUGAACCUUUUUGCUUUUGGAGAUGUAGAUGGCAAAGGGGUGGAUGCCAAACUGCAGCACCCUCUGGGCGUGGCGUGGGCUCCUGAACAGAGCUUGCUCUACGUGGCCGACUCCUACAACCACAAGAUCAAGGUGGUGGACCCAAAGACGAAGCAGUGUCACACAUUAGCAGGGACCGGAGAGGCGGGAGAUGCUGUUGGGCCAGAAUUUAACAAAUGCUGCUUCAAUGAACCUGGAGGAAUCUGUGUGGGUGAUGGUGGGAAGCUGCUUUACGUGGCUGAUACCAACAACCACGUGGUCAAAGUGCUUGACCUGGCCUCCAAGACCGUUUCACUGCUUCCCAUCUUCACUGAGUGCACAGACUCGGCACCUUCCCGGCCUGUGGGUGCUACCAAAGUCCCCACGCUGCCUAAAUCGGCCACCAGGAAGGACAUGCCACCAGUAUCGGUGUCAGUGGGCCAGACGGUUGUCAUGUCCGUCACAAUAUCCCUUCCAGAUGGAGCCAAACUCACCACGGAGGCCCCGAGCUGCUGGGCGCUCUCAGCCGAAGGAAACGAGUGGCUGCUGGACGGCCGGGUGGUGACCGGAGACAUUGGGGAUCUGUCGCAGCCCCUCGUCGUCUCAGCCAAACUUCCAGCCGUUGUAAAGGAGUUUAACGGCAAGCCCAGCCUGUCUCUGGCCGUGUGGGUGUUCUACUGCACGAAGGCGGGUAGCGCUUGCACGAUGAAAGCGGCCUCGUUUACACAGCCCCUUGAAAUCAACACCACCGCCGGGGAGGAGGAGGUCACUGUGGAGUUUGCCCACACCUUCUGAAAUCGGGAGCGUGUCUCAGUCAAAACAGACUCAAAAUCCACCCUUUGUCACGUUGACGCAUCGGUUCAUCCUCCAGUCGCAGCUACAACAGUGGCCUGUUUACUCAUCGAUCUGAAGUGAAGAAAGGAGAGAGUUUUGUAAUAGAUUUGUCACUUUUAAACAAAAAUGUAUCUCAAACACAACUCACAUUAGUUUAAAGUAAUGGCUCCAUGUAAGGAACGAUGAUAAUCUUAAGGAAGAGAAUCUUAAGGCUGUGCUGAAUAGUGUUCCAUCUUAGUAUUAGAGAAGUGUUUUAUUAAUGAAUUAAUUCUGAAAAAAAUUAAGAGUUUUGAUGGGUAGCAGUAGUAGAUAGUAGUGAUUAUGUCGUUUUUUUUUUUUACUUUUAGUCCUGUUAAAUGCAAAUUAGAAAUUAAAAGCAGGAGCCUGGGAUGAGCUUUAAGAUUUCACUUAAAUCCUAAACGGUGACGAGAUUGUCCAUAAACGUUCAGAACAGGAUACCGUUUCACGUCUCCAAAGAAUCAACGACUGAAUAACUCUUGAAACAGUUUGUCAUGAAAGUUAUGAAAACUUUUUCUUUCUUUUUUUGUUGUUUUUUCUCCCUAACCCAAAACUCCUGCAUAGCUUCACAGCAGAAAGUGAAAAGGGGGGGAAUAUGAUAGAGCUGAUUAAUGAUUCGGUUUAUUCUGCCGUUGGCUGUGAAAGGCUUGCCUCAGAAUGCUAAUGGAGAGUCAAGACCAAUUAAAAUAAAAAAUAAUUUAAAAAAAGAAGUCAGGGGAGGUUUUCAUGAGAAUUAUUAAGAUAGGAAGUCAAAAUCUCCGAUUUAAUCAGAGUCAGUGAAUGAGGUAUUGUCUGUGGUAUUCCAGGUUUAUGAGAGGCUUUUUAUGCAGACUCACAUAUUUUUAUAACCAUUAUCUUCUUAAAGUUGUCUGGCAUUGAGAUAAUAACUCUGAACUUUGUGCUUUAACGGAUAUAUUAAUAAUCAUCAUAUUCUAAAUGAGCUUCCAUAGAUUUUUGUACGGUCAUUUAAGUUUACCUUGCACCCAAAGUUUUGUCCCCUCUCUACGUGUGACUGAAGAUACUUUUAGGAGUUUUCACAGCACAAGGAGCCUUUUAUGAAGCUUUUCUCUGUCAUGAGUAAAGUGCCUGUUUUCGAUAAGGGAAGAAGUGUCUUGUGAACUGAUGGACUGCCGCUUGCGCCGCACACUGUGGAAUAUUUUAUUAGGAAGACAAAAGUCUCAUUAGGAUAUCAGUCUCGAGCAUCUGCUCCGCGCAGGAAACAGAAUAUGAAAGAGAUGCUCCAAUAAUGAUCCACUGUAUCACAUCGUGGCUUUUGUUAUCUAUUAUAAUAUGAUAAUGUGGAAGCCAUUAUUGUCGUUUUCACAUAUUGCUUUUCAUUGUUAUGACAAUUGUCAGAAAAAUAACUUGCGAAUGUUUUGAUUGUCAACGUUCCCGUCAUGUCUCAUAACAUAAUUCGGCUCACUAAACCUUUUUUUAUUUUUUUUUAUUUGGCUUGGAUCACUCGGCCAAAGUGCCUUGGAGAGGGAUGUUGCUGCAAGGAAGUGGUAAAACGAUGACACUUUAACUGUAUAUUAACACGAACGAUAACAGUAUUGUUGUGCUACGUGACAAAUGUUUUAUUCCCACAGGUUAUUUAUUUGAAACGAACAAAAAAAGUAUUUUUUUCCUCAGCUCGAUUAUCCCUCUGGCAUUUUUUAAUGAACUGUAAUGAGCUUGAGUUACUGCUGUCGGGCUUUAAGUUCCUCAUAUUGUUUCUCCUCAGACCUUUGUUGACACAUUUGCCUUCUGUAUGUGAGAGAGGGCAAAUGAAAAGUGUCCAGAAUCCUUUAGGUUUUUCUACUUUUUGGUCUGUUUCAUCUUAAAAUGUAUUUAACUCAUGUCCUUCUUUUCUGUGUAGCACAUGGUACACUUGCAUAACAAAGCAGAAACACGGGAUUUGGUGGGGGGGUAUUUUAGUAUCAUCUUUAUUUUUAAUAAAGCUAUAUUUGCAUAACUA